CUAAACCGAGUCUGGGUCGCUCUCCUGUCAACUGUAAGAAGCGGCCCAAUUGCCCAAUCCAAAGAUGGCCAUCCUCACUAUUGUAAAUGAGAAAAACUGCCCGCUACCAAGAUGGCCGCUGCUCUUCGCAAGAGUCGCCUUCUCAAGGCGCCAGUCCCGACUCUAAUAUGGCGGAGUGCCGCUGGCGUGAAGUAAGGUUCGUCUGCGUCACGUGACAGGCAGGACGGGGGUGUGUAUCCCUGUCGUGUGUCCCGGCGGAAGAGUGGAGGGAGUCGGCUAAAAGGUCGCAGCUGGAAAAGAAGGAGCAACAAAGCGGCGCAGCCUGGCGCUGGAGAACCGUAGACACGCCAGUCACCACGGAUACCGCCGGAGCAAACGCAGUGGCUGGGACGCAGCCACCUUCGCUACCUCCGCCGCCUCCUCCACCGAGGAUGUCGCGCAGGAAGAGAAAUGCAGGCAGCAGUUCUGAUGGAACUGAAGACUCUGAUUUCUCUACGGAUCCAGAGCAUACGGACAGUUCAGAAAGCGAUGGAAUGUCACGCCAGUCAGCACGGGUGACCCGCUCCUCUGCCAGGCUCAGCCAGAGCUCUCAAGAUUCCAGUCCAGUUCGUAAUCCCCCAUCAUUUGGAGCAGAGGAACCUGUUUAUUCUACCAGGAGGGUAACUCGCAGUCAGCAGCAGCCUGCACCUGUGACGCCCAAAAAAUACCCACUCCGGCAGACCCGCUCGUCUGGAUCUGAAACGGAGCAAGUGGUUGAUUUUUCUGACAGAGACGCUAAAAAUGCUGCCGACCAUGAUGAGUCCCCACCCCGCACACCAACUGGAAAUGCUCCAUCUUCAGAGUCUGAUAUUGAUAUCUCCAGUCCCAACAUGUCUCAUGAUGAGAGCAUCGCCAAGGAUAUGUCCAUGAAGGAUUCUGGGAGUGACCUGUCUCAUCGCCCCAAACGCCGUCGCUUCCAUGAAAGCUACAACUUCAACAUGAAGUGUCCCACCCCAGGGUGCAAUUCUCUAGGACACCUGACGGGGAAACAUGAGAGACACUUCUCCAUAUCUGGAUGCCCGCUAUAUCAUAACCUUUCAGCUGAUGAAUGCAAGGUGAGAGCGCAGAGCCGUGAUAAACAAGUGGAGGAGCGGAUGCUGUCUCACAGGCAAGAUGACAAUAACAGGCACGCCACCAGACACCAGGCACCAACAGAAAGACAGCUGAGAUACAAAGAGAAAGUAGCAGAGAUGAGGAAGAAGAGGAACACUGGGCUGACAAAGGAGCAGAAGGAAAAGUAUAUGGAACACAGACAAACCUAUGGCAACACCCGGGAACCUCUUUUAGAAAACUUGACCAGCGAAUAUGACCUUGAACUUUUCCGCCGAGCACAAGCCAGAGCCUCCGAGGACUUGGAAAAGCUGCGACUUCAGGGUCAGAUCACAGAAGGCAGCAACAUGAUCAAGACCAUUGCCUUUGGCCGCUAUGAGCUGGACACUUGGUAUCAUUCUCCCUACCCGGAGGAGUAUGCGCGGCUGGGACGUCUGUACAUGUGUGAGUUCUGCCUCAAGUACAUGAAGAGCCAGACGAUACUACGCAGGCACAUGGCCAAAUGUGUCUGGAAGCAUCCUCCUGGGGAUGAAAUUUACCGCAAAGGCUCCAUUUCGGUGUUUGAAGUAGAUGGGAAGAAGAACAAGAUCUACUGCCAGAAUCUGUGUCUUCUGGCAAAGCUCUUCUUGGACCACAAGACUCUGUACUACGACGUGGAGCCUUUUCUCUUCUAUGUCAUGACCGAAGCAGAUAAUACUGGUUGCCACCUCAUAGGCUACUUUUCAAAGGAGAAGAAUUCGUUCCUCAACUACAACGUCUCCUGCAUCCUGACAAUGCCUCAGUACAUGAGACAAGGUUACGGCAAAAUGCUUAUCGACUUCAGCUAUUUACUUUCCAAAGUGGAAGAGAAGGUUGGCUCCCCAGAACGGCCGCUUUCAGACCUAGGCCUUAUCAGCUACCGAAGUUAUUGGAAGGAGGUCCUUCUUCGGUAUUUGCAUAACUUCCAAGGCAAAGAAAUCUCAAUCAAAGAGAUCAGCCAGGAGACGGCUGUCAACCCUGUUGACAUUGUUAGCACUCUGCAAGCGCUUCAGAUGCUUAAGUACUGGAAGGGCAAACACCUGGUCUUAAAGAGACAGGAUCUCAUUGACGAGUGGAUAGCCAAAGAGGCCAAAAGGUCCAACAGCAAUAAAAUCAUGGAUCCCAGCUGUUUGAAAUGGACCCCUCCCAAAGGAACUUAAUGGACUGAUCUCUCCAAGAAGCAUGGAUGACGCCCCCCUCCCCCGCCGUUGCCACCAUUCCCUUCCCAGCAUUAAGAUCUGUCCCAUGGGAUAAGUGGAUGUGUUGUUGAUACUGAGCCCCCUUUUCCGUGUGCUCCUAGGUUGUCCUAUUCUGUUUGGGACCACUUGACUCCAGUCCCUUUGUACACACAGCAGUUGUUUGGAGGAAUUUUCUUACAUGCUAGCCUUGGCAAGGUUGCCAAGAUCAGACGGUUUUGUGCAUGGUGUGCUGAAGUGGUCCUCAGGAGGGGCUGUGCACGCUAUACUGUCCCUUUCUACUCGCUGCUCUCGGAGUCACAGGGUUAUCUUGCCCACAGGGCUGUGUUUUGCAACUCAGCAUCUUGCCAGUUUCAGCCUACUGCUUCCACAGCCACUUUGUAAGUGUGAAUGCAUUGCCUCCCCCCACACUAGGCACUGAACACUCAGUGGGCUGCCUCAGAAUCUGCAAUGCACUGCAUUCAUUUGCAGGUCUGAGCAUCGCCUGGCUCUUGCCAGGGGCCCAUGCAAAAAAUCUUCCCUACCAUGUUCUUCUUUCUCUUCCCCUCAACACACACUGCCCUGAAGGGUUCUUAUUUCAGAAGCUAGAGACACUAUUCACAUUGCUUUCAUGUCCUUGCUGUUCAGAAUGUUUAGGUGGUACAUUUGCACCAAUCCCUUCCCUUGGGGUGGGGGGAGUUGCAUAAACUGUCAGACUGUGCAGCUGGCACGCUGACUGCCCAUGAGGAGGGGGGGGUGUGCAACACACCAUGACAAAUAAUGCACCAUUGCACCUGCUUGUGCUUCUGAGGUCUCAUUGGGAGUGAGGGAUGCCACCACCUGAUGUGCAUUCAUGUUGAGCAAAAUCCUCCCUAAAUAGCUUUAAAUAUAGUCAGUUCCCAUGCUUUAGAAGAACUUGGCAGAGGUUUUUUCCCGCCAUUGAAGAGAGUGAGUCUCCAGAUCAGCAUCUCCCCCUCGGCACAGUGCCUUCUGCCUCGGCCUUUUUUGCCCUUUUGGAUUUCCUCCUGCUCCAAAGAAAGCUACAGCCCAAGGAAAAUGUGUAUUAACCCCACAGCAGCAUCUGCUGAAGACUCUGCUGGCCAGAGGAUGCCCACCUAUUCACCCACAGCACCUUGCUGUCCAGAUAUGGCACUGCUCCGUGCUUGUGGCGAGGCCUCCAAAGCCAGUGGCACUAGACCCUCUAGAGCAGGUUGAGUGGCUUGGCACUCCAUCUGGUGGCAUUUUGCGUGACAGCUACACUGGCUUGGCUGUAGGCUGCGCUGAUGCAUUUUUGCAGUCCUCUUUUGCUGUUAUAGGACCAUCCAGGGCCACCUGCUUGUUCUCCAUCACAACCUUGGUCCCUUUGUUGCUUUUGAGUGAGGUGGGGAAAUUUGAUCGAACAGCACAUUUGCAGUGCUGCAUGCGAGAAUGCUGAGAUCCCCACGGCUGCCGAGAGCUCCCAAAGCUGCUGAGGGCAGAUGGUCACAGUUUACCCCAGGCAUUUCUUUAAUGGCUUUCUCUACGGAAGUUGCAUGGCGCUCUUGUUCAAAUACCCCUAUAAUGCAGGAUGUCUCAGAAAAAUCCCCACUCCAGGAUGGAGCAGUUGGUUGCAUGUGGGUGUUUGUCACUAGAUGAUGACAUCCUUGGAAAAUUUUGCUGGAAGUCUCUUCAAAAACAGGUCCAUGAAUGCAGGUGGCAUCAUUUGGGCAGUAAUCUUGCCCAUGCCUGUUUUCAGGGUAGGGCCAUCACUCCAUUCUUCAAAGCAUUUUAGAUCACUAAAAUGAGUUGAGACCAUCUGCUGCCCUCUGUGCCUGGCAGUUGCUGUGGCUGCUGGUACCACAUUCUUGCCCACUUAAAAGACUUGGAAAAUCGCUUUUCUGUCAUUCACAUGAGCCUUUGGUGGCCUUUACAAGCUUCUGGGCAGCUACUGAGAAUUGAGUGUUGUACCUGCGGAUUGUUUUGGAUUGCCUUAAGAUGGAGUGUGUGUGCAUGUGCAUGUGUUUUACCCUUCAGCAUCCACUGUGAACAAGUGUGGGGAUAUAACUUAAAAUGUGACAUUUGGUGAAAUCUCCUCUUCACCCUCUCCAGACAGAUUGCCCUGGGGGCAUAACAGGAGGCCCUCCCACCCUUUGUUCACCCUCCAAGCGUGGUGUGGUCUCUGGCAAAGAAUAAGCUUGAGGCAUCAAUUGCAACCUCUUUUUCAAGCUAGACUUCAAAAAAAAAGUCACCUUGUCCUGCUGGGAAUGAGAUGAACUGUAGUUCAAAGCCGAUCUUAUUCCAGCACAGAUCUUUUUCCUGCAAGCAGUCCUGUGGCUGGUGCCUGGUGCUUGUGUUUUUGUUGUCUUUCCACUGGCAUUCUGAACCAAUUUCUGUACUCAUUACUGGCAAUUGUCAUUCACCACCCUCAGCUUCUAGGUUAUAACCUACGGUGGGGUGGCACAUACUCAACUCUCUUUUGUGGGGAUGGGAGGCUGGCUGUCUUUGUAGAAGGCAGAUCUCUCCAUGCCCAGGAUAUGUUAGAAUAUGCUACCAGUGUAUCUAUUUCUCAAUAAAGCAUGUUCUCUGCUGUAA